GGAAGGAGCCUCAUUCACUGUACGUAGUACGUAGCCACUGUUAGCCGUGUAGCCGCUCUGCUAACAAGAUGGAUUCUCCUAUACUGGAACCAUCCCUAUACACUGUCAAAGCAGUUCUGAUCCUGGAUAAUGAUGGAGAUCGGCUGUAUGCCAAGUAUUAUGACGACACGUACCCGACUGUGAAGGAGCAGAAGGCGUUCGAGAAGAACAUCUUCAACAAAACCCACCGGACAGACAGUGAGAUCGCGUUACUCGAGGGCCUCACCGUUGUCUACAAGAGCAACAUCGACCUCUUUUUUUAUGUGAUUGGAAGUUCACAUGAAAAUGAGCUGAUGCUUAUGGCUGUUCUAAACUGCCUUUUUGAUUCACUGAGCCAGAUGUUGAGGAAAAAUGUGGAGAGGAGGGCUUUGCUGGAGAACAUGGAGGGGCUCUUCUUGGCCGUGGAUGAAAUUGUCGAUGGAGGGGUGAUUUUGGAGAGCGACCCACAGCUGGUUGUGCAUCGAGUGGCUCUCAGAGGGGAUGAUGUGCCUCUGACUGAGCAGACAGUCACCCAGGUCCUCCAGUCGGCUAAAGAACAGAUCAAGUGGUCGCUCCUCCGAUAGACUCGAGACGAGCAGCGAGCCGCAGUCGAGCCCAGACUUCAUGGCACUGAUCCCUGAUUUCCACUCCUGCAGUCGGAGACUGUGAGGAGCGUUAGUGGCUGAUCCAGUCACUCUCCCGGGACUACUGCUCCAACAUUUCCUCUUCUUUUUUGCUCUGUGGUGUUUUAAGUGACACAAAUCAUCACAAGGAAAACAUAAAAGGCACAUUCCAGUUUUGGCUUACCUCUGGUUUUUGUUGCUUUGUUUUUUUUUUUUUUUUUCUUCUUCAUUAAAGUUGUGUGAAACACUGUUACGUGUCAUCACAGCCUGUGACAAUGUUCCUUAUGUCUGAUAUACAACUUCUUUUUUUUUUUUUUUUUACAAUGGUAUCCUGCUGUCGCCUCCAGAUUACUGUAGAAAUGAUCUGUCUUUCUGUCCUGUAAUUGAUAUUGUGAUUAAAACCUGUGUGAUUUGUGCUGUAGUCAUACAGCUGAUCACGGACGUGUGUUUUGAAUUGAUCGUGUCCGGGGGUCUUCCAUCGGGUUCUUUUAAUAA